AUGUCUGCCUCGACACCAAGACACCAGUAUGCUCACAUUAUACGUUUCACUUCCGUGCGAGCUGUUCGAGUUAUGGUUGAAUUUUUAACGAUUUAUUACUACACCAGCCUGGUGGUGGGUUUGACAAAUUUACGCUACGAUGGCGGAACUCAAAUUGUCGAGCUCUACCAUUGGCCCACAAUUGUGUAUUCGGCGGUAUUGAAUCUGGUUUUCAUAAUGCUCCAACCCAUCUCCAUGUUACACUCCAGCCGGGUGUCCUUGAACUGUGACGAAUUCGGUGCCCUAGUGGUAAUAAAACUGCUAAGUGGCAUUGCAUACUUUUUGGCGUAUUUUUCGAUUAUGUGCAUGUCUUGGCUAAAACGGAAAAAAAUACAUCAGCUGUACUACAAAUAUUUGGCUCUGACUCGGCGCUAUUUCACCGAGACCAUGCUGUUGGAUAACUACGAAGCUGUGCAACGGGCCCAGCGUAUAUUUCUCAAGAAAUUCUGUUCAUCCGUGUGCAAGGCCAUUGUGGUCUAUGUGAAUAUCUAUCACUACUACACCGAGUCACCCUGUGAAUAUGUGAAGAGUUUACCCUAUGUGGCGAUAAGUUUGUACUAUGGCCUCCUGAAUGUGCAACAGCUGAUUGUGGAUGUAAAUGUGAUAUUGGGUCUGCUGCUCAUCGAUUUGUGUCUCAGCAUGUUGAGUCAUACCUUGGAGGAAAUCGAACGUGACAUUUGGCUAAUGGCCAAGGCGCGAAAGGUCCAAGAGAAUAUUUUUCUAAAAAAUCAACAGAUGUUACAUCGAAAAUGGCGUGGUAAUUUAAAUCGCACCGUGGAGGCUAUUGCCGCUGAGGUAAUGCAUCUGCAGAGCUUGACGCAUGAGCAUUUGGAUAUCUAUGAAAUUCCGGUGCUAUUUUUGUUGCUGGCCGUCUUCAUCAGUCUCAUUACCAUGAUGUUUAACAUCAUGGCCUAUGUUGCGGAUUUUGGAAAUGUUCAACCUUUGAAGUUGUCGUUUUACGUUUUUAUUUUGCUGGCGAACAUUAGCAAUGUCAUGAUAUUCUAUAACAUCUGUGAAUCGCUGCAGAGGACAUAUGCACGCAUGGUCAAUCAGGUUUAUCGUAUUGGAAUCUAUGCCUCACUGGGCAGUGGAGGUUAUGUGGAAAGGGAUACGUUGGUGUUGAGUUUGGAAAUGCUCCUAAUGCAGCUGCGCUAUCGUGAGUUCCGUGUGACUGUGUGUGGACUAUUUGAAAUUCGCAACCGAACCGGCAUGAUAAUGAUACAUAAAAUUGUCCUAAAUCUAAUGUAUCUCAUACAAAGUGUUGUGCAAAGUAUUGCCUAG